AUGUUUAAAUGUCAACAGUGUCCUUCGGUUUUCACACGUAAAGAUAAUUUGGUCAGACAUGGAAAAAUUCAUAGAGGUAUCCAUUUUCCAUGCACUAUAUGUCAGUCAACAUUCACCUACAAAACCAACCUCACCAAACAUUUGAAAAAUGCUCAGGGUAUUGUUGUUCAACCCACCCGACAGAGUGUCAUACAGUUCAUUCCUCGCGUUACUCCACAGGGAGAUAUACAGAUUGCUCCUCAAAUUUUCGUUCCCGAUAUCCCGGCCGGUGGCUCGAACAUAGUAUCCGAGGACGAGAUUUGCAUGGCAGCUAUGGACGAAUUUGGAAAAGUUCAAGACGAUAAUACAGACUCUUAUACAACUACUGGCGUAAGCGGCAAACGAAUUUCCACCGCAAACACCACGUCAGCUGCUAGGGCGAAAAAGGCGUGGAUGAAUUUAGUUCAGUCCCCAGGCUUCGUCGGGAUUUCGUCCUCAUCAAGCAGAAAAAUAGUUUGGUACUAUGCCAAAAAUGUUAAUUAUUCAGUAAUUUAUACCGAGUUUCUCCGAUCGCUUGAGCCCGAGCUGAACAAAUUAUUGAAAACACACGUACGGGACCACCCGAUAAAAUUUAAUUUGAAACAUGAGGCUACGUACAACCGCCCUAACGUACCAAAUUCAUCGGAGAAUAGGGUGUUCAAAACAUCGGCGGUCGAAAUUUUCUCAGAUAGUGACAUUAGUACGAUUAUUGAGAGUGAAUACAUGAAGUUGAUGAAGGAGGAUGAUGAAUAUAAAUCACGCGGAAGUGGAUUUACAUUAGAGACUAUAGAUGGGUUAUUGUUGGCGGUAUAUAAAUAUACACCGAUGGGUGGUUCGUCUUAUAUUCAGUUGCCGGUGUUUAUCGAAAAUAUGCGAGCUACCAUCAACCCUCAAAACACGGACCAGGAAUGUUUUAAGUGGGCGAUUCUCGCGAGGCAUGUGACGGGGGCGGCUGUACAUCGUGUUGGUGAUAAUUAUAGGCAGCACGAGAACAAAUACAAUUUCGUGGGUAUUUCGUUCCCAACGUCUCUCCGCCAAGUAAAGAUUUUUGAAAGAAAUAAUCCGAACGUAUCUGUCAAUGUUUACGGGCUCGAAAAGAAGUUUCAACCACCUAAGAAAUAUCCCACAUACGAGGUCCCGUUACGGGUAGUCGAUGAAGAGAAGACAAACCAUUUCAACUUGUUGUUGGUGACGGACGGUGACAACACACACUACGUGUAUAUAUCAAAUUUUUCACGACUUUUAAGACGUCAAAAAACAUCACACACUGAGAGAGUCGUGUUUUGUAAACAAUGUUUCACGAGUUUCGACGACAGGCGUCUUGAAUACAAGUUGAGCGGGCAGGAGGCUUUGAAUCAGCAUAAACUAAUAUGUGGAACACAUAGACCCAUAUUACCAAUUAUGCCAGCAGAGGGGAGUAUUUUGGAGUUUGAAGGUUGGGGUAAAACACAACGACAUCCCGUAGUCAUUUACGCGGAUUUUGAAGCUAUCUUGGUGAAGGUGGAUGAGAAAAAGGGAAAAAGCACGACAGUAAUACAGAGGCAUGUACCUAUGAGUUACGGUAUAUAUGUGAAAACGACGGAAAAUGUACCUAUCGAACUGCUUGAAAAACAUGACAUACCUACAUCAGUAAUUAUUCACCGAGGAUCAGAGACGCAUACGGAGGUGGCAAAACAUUUUGUUGAGACAGUUGUAGAUUUAUCCAGAAAAAUUGAAGACCUUUUAAAGUCUAAUAAAAAAAUAAUUAUGAGCGAGGAACAACAAGAUGAGUAUGAUAACAGUACAACGUGUAAUUUAUGUAAAAAAGAUUAUACAUCUAUAAACGGAAAAGUACGAGACCACUGUCACUUGUCUGGACAGUAUCGUCAAACUAUUUGCAACAGAUGUAAUCUGACAUUGCAAAUUUCGUACCGUGUUUCCUUCACAAUUUAAGCAAUGAUGAUGCUCACUUCAUUGCCGUGGAGCUGGGAUAUGAUGAGCGCAGUACAACAGUGAUUUCUAAAAGCGAGGAGAAAUUCAUCUCAUUCAGCAAAUAUAUUUCAAACAAAUUUACCCUUCGAUUUAUAG